AUGUGGGGAUUCAAUGUCAAUGUCCUUACUGCACGAGUCCGACGGAGGCCAACACCUCCAAAUAUUGCGCAAUCUGAAAACCUGUUUACAAAGUGUCUGCAGAACAACAUGGCCACACUUUUGGGUUUUGAGCCACUUGAAAAGAGAGGAGUUCUCUCGGGGGACGCUGCCGCCUUUCUGAAGGCCCACAACGACAAACGUCGGAUCGUCAGUCCUACUGCUACAGACAUGAAGGAAAUGCAAUGGAGUACAGAGCUGGAGAGGAUUGCAAGGAACUACGCCAAAAAGUGUACUUUUGCACACAAUUCACAGAGAUCGUCAUCCACAUCAUACUACGUAGGAGAGAACCUGUUCGUUAGCUAUGGAGAUAUGUCACCUGCGCAGGCGGUAACAAGUUGGGACAAUGAAAAGAACGACUACACUUUAUCCAGUAAUAGGUGCGAUCCCAACAGCAAGCACGGGUGUGGUCACUACACGCAGGUUGUGUGGGCAAAUUCGGAAACAGUUGGAUGUGUAAAACACUUCUGUAACUACGUCAGGAACUUUAAUAACAGAGGCUAUUUAGUAGUUUGCAACUAUGGUCCAGGCGGUAACGUUAACAACCGGAGACCCUAUACCAGUGGAACGACCUGUAAAGACUGUCCGGCGGGAUACACAUGUGUGAACAAAUUAUGCAGCAAAUCUUCGGGUGGAGGGGGUUCCAAUCCUUGUUCAACGAACCCAUGUAAAAAUAGCGGCACUUGUACAUCGUCUGGUUCCGGAAAUGCAGUUUGUAAAUGCACCAAUGGAUGGUCAGGAAGCACAUGUGAAACACGAGACCGGUCCUUCUGUUCGCAAAAUCCGUGCAAGAAUGGCGGGACCUGCUGGAACCUCAAUAACCGGUUCCUUUGUAGGUGUCCCCCGUCCUACUCUGGUACCAGAUGUGAAACAGGACAACGUAGAACAGGACCAGAGAGCUCCUUUAGUUGUAAUUUUGAGAGAGGUAUGUGUCUCAAAAACUAUAGGAAGAAUGAAGUUAACUUCAGACGGCUUAGCUUCUUAAGAAUGAACAGGAAGACAAUUAGUGCCCCCGAGGGAUCCUCCUUUGCCGUUGUGUAUGCUGGGUUCAUAUUCGGUCAGAAGAACUCUUAUCUAUUGUCAAAUUAUCUACCAGAGGCCGUCACGAGAGUGACAUUUACGUACAGAAUCGUUGGAUCUGGAGAAUUGAAGUUUAUCUACAAAAACAAGGAUAUAAAUUAUCCUAAAUCAGUGUUCUCCAGCAAGUCUAGCAACGGAGUGUGGAAAUCGUGGACUGUCACCAUUCCUUCUGGAAAAAAGACAUACUAUUAUUUCCAAGCCACGGUGGGGAGAAAUUCCGUAAUUGGCAUUGAUAAUAUCAAGGUCAAAGUCUACCAGUGAGUAGGAAGCCACGUGUAAGGUAACAAGGUGCGCUGAAAGCAACAAUAGACAUGUCAUCCUGUUAACCACGAUAACCUGUGAUAUAUAGUGCAGGGUUGUAGAUAUUUAGUAAAU